AUGUCGAAAGAGUUAAAGAAUAAGAGGAAAGCAGAGAAGAAGGCUGCGGAGAAGGCUGCUUCUGAGGCUGAAGCGUGGAAGUCAUCCUCCAAGACCGUACUUGGCCGCCUUACCUAUCGUCUCAAAGAUCUCCCCGACCUCCAGAUCAUCCGAGUAGAGUUCUGGUCAUCGAAAUCUCUCGAUGAAAAUCGCGAGGUACAUACUCCUGAUGAUUAUGUUAGGAUAUACAGCCGCAAGCACCAAGAACCCGCCUGGAAGGAGCUUUUGGAAAACGCUUUUCUGGAGUACAAGGAUAUUGCUGCCAUCAACAAGAAACCGGUUGGUAGAAAGCAUGAGUGCCAUCUCAUUAUUCCAUCCCAUUCGAUACGGAACAUCCGCUUGGGACGAUAUCCUCUCCAGACCGAAUAUCCUGGGAAUGACAAGCUUGGUCUGCCCGGGGGCCGAAUGGAAUGUCGAGUUACUGGUGUCUCUUUGCUGGAAAGCAACGAUGACAAAGAUCGCAAGCUCUACUGCAAGUCCCUGGAUUUGUUAAUACAGAGUCGCCACGCAAUUGUGGAUCAAAGUCUUGGAAAUCUUUCUAUGAAUCGGGAGCUUUUCAGUAAGAUUACAGACUCCAAGGCCGCGCCCCCAGAAUCUAAGACAACAUCCAUAACGCCGUUGAUUGAAGGAUACACGCACAAGUCAAGCACUGGUUCGCAGCAGAUGAAGGAGCGCCUGUACCCGCUAUACAUACGGAGCCGUCUAUCAAUCGAUGCUGAAGAGAAAUUGCUGCACAUGGUAUUUGAUCUGACCUGUGCUCUUCCAACUACCUGUGGAAAUGUCUAUGAAAUACUUCUGGAUGUGUUCGGGGAUCACAUGAACGAAGAGAGCAUCGGACGCCUGCAACCCAUUAUCAGGGACCUUCUGGUUGGUCUUCAAGUUCAGCGCAACUACGAGCAUACGAAACCAAAAACCACCAGCGAAAGCAGGAACACAUGGUCCGAGCCGUUCCUGAUCCGUGAGAUUGUGUUCGCCAAAGAUGUUGGGGAGAAGAUUAAGGAUUCCGAUGGAAAGGAAAUCGAUGUCUAUGGCUAUUUCAAGAAACACUACAAUCAAGACAGAGAUAUCGAACACCAGUAUCUUCCUCUUAUAGGUGACGGCCGCGGCUCCUACUUCCCGAUGACCAAAGUAAAACUUCCUGAAAAGAUCCAUGAUCUCGAACUUCUGGAAACGGAUGGCCAGAAAAACAUGGAAAGAAUGGGUGAAACAUUCUGGGGUCUGUUGAUAAAGCAACAACAAGACGUCAAUAUCGGAAAGGGGAUCAUACAGACCGCAAAGGGAACAGUGUCAACUCAGCAACAGCCCAACGCGGCACUCAAACCAAUCGAUCGGUCUGGAACAAAAGACGAACUGACCCAGCAGACUGAACCGGAAUCUGAACCAAACGAGCUGCUUGAGAGAACCGGAAAGGAAGAAAACCAGUGGGUCAGUAACGACCCCUGGAACCUGGCGCUCUGA